UACGGGCAUAGUGUGUAUAUAUUCUAUAGAUUACACCUAGUGUGUAGUUGGUAGUACCUCAAUUAACACAAUGAUCCCCUUACUAGGGCAUCGUUACAUGUCUUCAGGGGUGGAAUCCAUUGUUAAAGGGUUCCAUCGCUAUCGGUUUCUUAGUGCUGACGAUAAGCGCAAGCUGCUUGGAGCACAUCGACUUAAGAACGUCCCUCCUGCCAAGAUAAAGGAUAUAGAGACUAGCUUAGAGCUGGAUGUAGGCCCCGAUACCACGGAAUCGCCUUCACCUGCUACGGCUAGUAGCAGGAUAAAUGCCGAAUUGCGCCGACUGGCGUCGAAGUCCCAUGGAGCCAUUCGUCAAGCCACUAGGUACCGGGCUAUAGGCGCUGGUACUAGCAAGUACUUCAUGGGCAUUGACCCCAAUACUCCCUUGGAGCCCUAUGAUAUAACGUCACCUCUGUUCGACGAAUCCACUGAAUCUGAAACCUUGACGUCAGACGUCCAGAAGGCACGUGCAUACGAGGAUAUAUCUCGUAUGUUUUGUGUCAUGAACCCUUCUAAGGACCCUAUGAGUGAUCGUUUUCUAGAUGUUAUGGCCCGUGCCAUCGAGUGUAAUGUGUUAAGACUAGAACGGCCUGUACUAUGUAACGAGCUUGCGGAUUUUGAGUCCAGCUAUGCAAUGCAGCGGUCAGCGCUGCGAAAUCUACUGGUCAACCGUUGCACGCGCAACGCUUUUGAGGAAACUCGUGUGGACCGUUUCCUGGAUAGAAUUCACUUUUCAUCCCAGAGGCUAGAUGCACCCAUGCCACCGGAAUGCCUGGAGCCGUUAGUGGCCUUCUGUGGCUACAAGUCAUAUUCCUUCGACCCCCUGGAACGCCUUGGUCAGAAGUUAGCUGGACUGCGGAGAUUAGUGGCGGCUAUAGAGUCCGGUGACGAUGCCUAUCUACAGGCCCUGGGCACCCCGGAGGAGUACCAGGUGGGCCCUGACUCGAGGUACCCCUUUAGGAACUACUAUGGGUUCAAGUCAUGUAUCCCAGAGGACGUCACAGGGUCGAUUAAUAUGGGUAAAGUCUGCACCGCUCCCGCGGUGAGGUACCAAAAUCUACAAAGCGUGGCGCAUUCACUUCCGGCGGACCCGAAGUACCGAGCUGUGGUAUCCCAUGCUAUACGGGUACUCGAGCGCAGCAAAGGCUGGGACCACGCCAGCAAGGUGAAAGCCAUCAAUCGUUUGGUAAAUGUCUACAAUAACCUAGCGCCCUCGAGGUACUACGACCGCGUUCUCAACCAAGCUAUAAGGUACCCUAGACCUAGGCACGCACUUGUGAAAACAAAGUCACGCCAGGAAGUGUUCAACCGCGGCCUUACGUACAUAGGCUCGCUUACAAAGAACCACUGGAUGAAGCGCAAGUGAUAUAGACUAAAUCGUAUGGAUUCUACGUUAU